GUAGCAGCCUCUCGCAAUUGGUUUAUUCAUCAACUUGAUGUUCAAAACGCCUUUCUUCAUGGCGAUUUGGAGGAAGAGGUGUACAUGAUUCCUCCUCCUGGACUUUGCCGACAGGGGGAGAACUUAGUGUGUCGGCUCAAUAAAUCUUUGUACGGUUUGAAACAAGCCUCUCGACAAUGGUUUUCUAAAUUUUCAAGUGCAAUACAAAAGGCUGGGUUUCACCAAUCACAAGCAGACUAUUCUCUUUUUACAAAGGUUCAUGGUAAUUCCUUCACUGUGGUUCUGAUUUAUGUGGAUGACAUAAUUCUUACAGGCAAUGAUCCACAAGAGAUGCAACUUCUGAAAGCAUUUCUACUCAAGCAUUUCCGUAUCAAAGAUCUUGGUGACUUAAAAUAUUUUCUGGGCAUAGAAGUGUCAAGAUCACAAAAGGGCAUUUUUAUUUCACAACAGAAAUAUGCACUCGAUGUUAUACAGGAUGCAGGUCUUUUAGGGGCACGCCCUGAUAAAUUCCCAAUGGAGCAACACUUGAAACUCACUCCCACAAAUGGUGAUUUAUUAGAUGAUCCCACAAGGUAUAGGAGAUUAGUGGGCAGAUUAAUCUACCUUACUGUGACUAGACCAGAUAUUCUAUACUCAGUACAGACCUUGAGUCAAUUCAUGCACCAGCCAAGAAAACCUCACUUAGAAGCAGCUCUUCGUGUUCUGAAGUUCAUUAAAGGCACUCCAGGUCAGGGAUUAUUUUUCCCAACUAAUAAUAAUCUUACAUUGAAGGCUUUUUGUGACUCAGAUUGGGCAAGUUGUCCUACCACAAGAAAAUCAAUUUCAGGCUACUGUGUCUUCCUUGGAGACUCUCUUAUUUCUUGGAAAUCAAAGAAGCAAUCAAAUGUUGCUCGUUCGUCUGCAGAAGCCGAAUAUCGAGCCAUGGCAGCCACUUGUUUGGAAUUAACUUGGUUGCGUUAUAUAUUGCAAGAUUUGGGGGUAAAACAAGAUAAGCCAAUUCCGUUACAUUGUGACAAUCAAGCUGCUCUCCAUAUAGCUGCAAAUCCCGUUUUCCACGAACGCACGAAGCAUAUUGAAAUAGAUUGCCACAUAGUGCGAGAAAAAUUGUUGUCUGGUAUGAUAUCCACCUUUUACGUCCCUUCUCUCCUACAAUUAGCAGAUAUAUUUACCAAAGCUUUGGGAAGGGAACUUUUUAGUUCGUUGAGCAGCAAGUUGGGACUUCACAACAUUCACUCUCCAACUUGA